AAGAACAGCGUCUGUAUGCUAUGGAGAUGGAUGAGGUGCGAGAGGAAAACCAGGCUUACAAGCAGCAGAUCUUGCGGUUGGAAUCAAAGCUCAAGACAACGAGCUCUAUCGCGGGAGAGAGUGCUUUGCGGGAACAAGGCAUGAACCAGAAGUUUAACGAGCUCAAGGAACAAUUGAUUCGCUCCAGUAUCCAAACUACAGAUCUGACAAGCUUGUUGAGUCAAGAGGCCAAGUUCAUUGUUAGCGCUGAGCAGAUGGUUCAAGAACUUACUGCUUCAGAGAACUCUCUCGUCGCGGCAGCAACAGAUCUGUGUUCCAAGCAUACAGCAUUGUUGAAAGCGAAUAAGAAUUUGAAGGCAGAAUUCGAGUUGGAACGGAAAACUGCCGCCAACAAGCUGAAAAUGGCUGAGACGCAGAUGAAGGAGUUAAGAGAAGAGAUGGAAAACCAGAGUGAAAAGCGAGAAGAAGAGCUGAAGAAUAUGAGGCAGAGGCUUCAAGAGAUGGUGAGAAACAACAGCAGGCUUCAGACAUGCAUGGAGGAGGAGGAGGCCAAGUGCGCCAAGUUAGUUUCAGACCUCAAGUAUCGGACAGAAGAGGCUGCUGCACUCAAGAGAGAAAAGGAAGAUGUGACUGCGACUCUCAAGAGUUUGGAUGAAAAGCUCAUUGCAACAGAAUUACAAAGAGAUGCAGUGAAACAAGAGCUCGAGCAGAUCAAGGUGAUCAACGGAAGGUUUGAGAAGCAGACAGCAGAACUGCUGGAG